AGACUAUCUGUCUAUCCCAUACUGUCAACCCCGAACUCUGAGCUCGUCAAGAUGGCCGCGCAGCUAGCAUGGAUCGGGCUCGGUAACAUGGGCCGGGGCAUGUGCAAAAACCUCAUCGAGAAAGGCAACCUCUCCAAGCCGCUCAUCAUCUACAACCGCACGCGCAAGCGCGCGGACGACCUCUCCGCGACGACGGGCGGGCAGACCGCGGUCGCGGCGACGAUCGCGGAGGCCGUGGCGCGCGCGGACAUCAUCUUCACGUGCGUGGGCGACGACAAGGCGAUCGCGGACACGCUCGCGCAGGCGGUGGCGGGCCCCGCGCGCGUGCGGGGGAAGCUGUUCGUCGACUGCUCGACGGUGCACCCGGACACGACCGCGCAGCUCGCGAAGGUGUGCAACGCGCAGGGCGCGGAGUUCGUCGCGAUGCCAGUGUUCGGCGCGCCCGCGAUGGCGGACAACGGCCAGCUCGUGUGCGUGCUCGCCGGGCCUGCCGCCGCGGUCGACAAGGUCCGGCCGUACACCACCGGCGUCGUGGGCCGCGCCGUCAUCGACUUCAGCGGCCAGCCGCAGAGCAAAGCGACUCUCCUCAAGAUCAUCGGGAACACGUUCAUCCUGAACAUGGUCGAGACGCUCGCGCAGGGGCACGCGCUCGCAGAGAAGAGCGGGUUGGGGGUAGAUAAUCUGCAGCAGUUCAUCGAGACGAUGUUCCCCGGGCCGUACUUUGCGUAUUCGAAGCGGAUGUCGACGGGGGAUUACUAUAAGCGCGAGGAGCCGCUGUUCGCUGUCGACCUGGCGCGGAAGGACGCGAAGCACGCGCUGGCCAUCGCCAAGGCGUCCGGAACGAGCCUCAGGAACAUGGAGGUGGCCGAUAGCCACCUCGAAGCCGUGCAAAAACACAUGGGAUCCAAGGGCGAUAUCGCGGGCAUCUACGGGGCUGUGAGGCAGGAGAGCGGGCUUCCUUUCGAGGUGUAG